AUGGCAAGGGAUGAUGAAAGAGCCUGCGUUUUCUUUUUCCGCUUCACUAUAACGGCCUUUGCACAAUGUGUGGGCCCAAAGGACAUCAAAGGCCAGUGUUGGACAGACGAGGAGUCGGAUGGAGAGAAUGAGUCGGAGCAGUUCCUGUACGGCAUUCAGGGGAGCUGUGCCGCUGACCUGUACCGUCACCCUCAACUGGAUGCCGACAUCGAGGCAGUGAAAGAUAUCUACACUGACAGUGCUGUCUCUGUCAGAGAGUAUGGAACCAUCGACGACGUGGACAUCGACCUUCACAUUAACAUCGGGUUCUUAGACGAGGAGGUUGCGACAGCUUGGAAAGUUAUCAGAACAGAGCCCAUUAUUCUGAGACUGCGCUUUUCUCUUUCUCAGUACCUCGAUGGACCUGAGCCGUCAGUAGAGGUGUUCCAGCCCUCCAAUAAAGAAGGCUUCAGCUUGGGCCUGCAGCUCAAAAAGAUCCUGAGCACGUUCACCUCUCAGCAGUGGAAGCACCUCAGUAAUGAGUUCCUCAAGGCCCAGCAGGAGAAGAGGCACAGCUGGUUCAAGGCCGGAGGGACCAUCAAGAAGUUCCGCGCCGGACUCAGCAUCUUCUCCCCCAUACCCAAGUCUCCAAGUUUCCCUCUGAUCCAAGACACAGUUUUAAAAGGGAAACUGAGCGUCCCUGAGCUGAGAGUGACCCGUCUGAUGAACCGCUCCAUCUCAUGUACCAUGAAGAACCCUAAAGGGGAGCUGUACAGUUAUCCCCCAAACAGCCAGACUGUGGCUGUCCCGGCGGCCAGGGCCCCAGCGCAGAUUACCACGAGGCAGCUGAUUGAAUUGUUUUUCUCAUCCCAGGCGGGCGGCCACUGCAAGAACAUCCCUACCUUGGAGUAUGGAUUCUUAGUGCAGAUAAUGAAGUACUCGGAGCAGAGGAUCCCCACGCUCAACGAGUACUGCGUGGUCUGUGACGAACAGCAUGUCUUUCAGAACGGAUCCAUGCUGAAGCCUGCGGUGUGCACCAGGGAGCUGUGUGUGUUCUCCUUCUACACUCUGGGUGUGAUGUCUGGAGCUGCAGAGGAAGUGGCCACUGGAGCAGAGGUGGUGGACCUACUUGUGGCCAUGUGUCGAGCCGCUCUUGAGUCUCCUCGUAAGAGCAUCAUCUUUGAGCCGUACCCAUCAGUCGUCGACCCCAAUGACCCCAAGACUCUGGCCUUCAACCCAAAGAAGAAGAAUUAUGAGAGACUGCAGAAAGCAUUGGAUAGCGUCAUGUCCAUCCGGGAAAUGACCCAGGGCUCAUAUCUGGAGAUAAAGAAACAGAUGGACAAACUGGACCCUCUGGCCCAUCCGCUGCUGCAGUGGAUUAUUUCCAGUAACAGGUCUCAUAUUGUCAAGCUGCCGCUCAGUAGGCAACUGAAAUUCAUGCACACCUCCCACCAGUUCCUGCUGCUCAGCAGUCCCCCGGCCAAGGAGGCUCGUUUUCGCACUGCCAAGAAAUUAUACGGCAGCACCUUCGCCUUCCAUGGUUCCCAUAUAGAGAACUGGCACUCUGUUCUGAGAAAUGGACUAGUCAAUGCCUCUUAUACCAAACUGCAGCUGCAUGGGGCAGCGUAUGGAAAGGGCAUCUAUCUGAGCCCCAUCUCCAGCAUAUCUUUUGGAUACUCAGGAAUGGGGAAAGGACAGCACCGCAUGCCCACCAAAGAUGAACUGGUGCAGCGUUACAACCGCAUGAACACCAUACCACAGAGCCGACCAAUACAAUCAAGGUUUCUUCAGAGUCGAAACCUGAACUGCAUCGCUCUGUGUGAAGUUAUCACAUCUAAAGAUCUGCAGAAACAUGGGAACAUCUGGGUGUGUCCCGUCUCCGACCACGUCUGCACUCGCUUCUUUUUUGUGUAUGAGGAUGGCCAAGUAGGCGAUGCCAACAUCAACACCCAGGAGCCUAAGGUUCAGAAGGAGAUCAUGCGUGUGAUUGGGACCCAGAUCUACUCCAGCUAAUAGAGGGUCAGCAGCG